UCCCUGGCCGUCCAUGUCGACGGGUGGUGGGGGUGGUGGAGAUGGGGGUGGGGAUAGUGGUGUAGACGACGAGACCGGGGCUGGUGCCCCGGAGCAGCAGCAGCAGCCGCAACAGCAGCAGCAGCCUCAGCAGCAGCAGUCGCAGCAGCAGCAGCAGCAGCCUCAGCAGCAGCAGUCGCAGCAGCAGCAGCAGCAGCAACAACAGCCACCGUGGGGACCACCGCCGUCAUGGUGGCCUGGUGGCACUGGUGGUGGUGGUCGUGUGGAGACACUCGCACGGUUCGAGAAAGACGUGAAGCGGACCGACACCGGGUUCCUGGCAAUAGCAACAGAAGUGGAGGAUGACGUAGAGAAAGCCUCGGGAACUCCAGAAAAAAUCAAGGAAUUACUAAAGGAGUUCCAAGACAUUCUUCCUGACGAUCUUCCGAACGAGCUACCGCCAUACCGAACACAUCAACACGAGAUUGUGGAGGAACCGGGUUCGAAACCGACCUUCCGAGCACCAUAUCGGCUCAGCCCUACGGAGCUGACUGACAUGGAAAAACAGAUCGAGUAUCUCCUAGCCAAAGGACUCAUCCGGCCAUCUACUUCACCGUACGGUGCCCCAGUACUCUUCACACCGAAACCGGACGGAAGCCUGCGCAUGUGCAUCGACUACCGAGCUCUUAACAAGCAGACCAUCAAGAAUAAAUAUCCGAUACCGCGAAUCGAUGACCUGCUUGACCAGCUUCGGGGAGCUACGGUAUUUUCCAAACUGGAUCUGCGGUCCGGAUACUGGCAGAUACGGAUGGCGGACAACUCUAUCCACAAAACUGCUUUCCGAACUCGGUACGGAUCGUACGAGUAUUUGGUCAUGACGUUCGGACUCACCAACGCGCCGGCAACGUUCCAAGCCGAAAUGAACCACAUUCUACGACCACUUCUGGACGAAUGCGUGGUGGUGUACCUGGAUGACAUACUCAUCUACUCGCGCGACAUGAAGCAGCACGUCGAACACCUGCGACGCGUCUUCGAAAUUCUUCGACGGGAACGAUUCUACGUCAAACUGUCCAAGAGCGAAUUCGCCCUUGAAAAGGUCCAAUUCCUAGGACACAUGGUGAGCGCUCAAGGAGUUCACGUCGACCCCAAGAAAGUCGAAGCCGUACGUACGUGGAAGACACCCGAGAACGUGAAGGAGUUGCAGCAGUUCCUAGGCUUCGCUAAUUACUACAACAGGUUCGUGCCACAGUAUGCGAAACUCGCGGCACCACUCACGAAUCUGCUGAAGAAGAGCACGCCCUACAAAUGGGAGACGAAGCACCAAGAAGCCGUGGAGCAGCUGAAACAAGCACUAACGUCCGCACCGGUGCUCAUCUUGCCAGAUCCCGAACGUGACUACGUCAUUGAAGCAGACGCCAGUGAUCAGGCCGUGGGAGCAGUCUUGAUGCAAGACCAAGGGAAUGGACUGCAACCAAUUGCCUACCUCAGCAAGAAACUGCACGGGGCAGAACUCAACUACUCGAUACAUGACAAAGAGGCUCUUGCUAUCAUCAUCGCCUUCAAAGCGUGGAGAUGCUAUCUCGAAGGACGAAGAACAACCGUCUACACCGACCACUGCAGCCUGAAAUAUUUGAAGACACAACCCAACCUUUCCAGGCGGCAGGUCCGGUGGAUCGACUUCCUCGAGACACACUUCCACUACGACAUCGUGUACAAGCCCGGCCACAAGAACAAAGCAGACGCUCUCAGCCGGCCUGCACGCGUUGCCGCGAUUCAGCGAUAUCUGCUACAGUGGAACAGUGACAUCGCGUACCGGAAGGGAUCCACAAAAAUCUGGGUACCCAAUUACCCUCCUUUGCGCCAGUUACUACUCGAAGAAUACCACGACGUCCUGUACGCCGGACACUUCGGUAGCAACAAGACGCUCACUGGUAUCGCCAAACACUACUACUGGCCCCAUAUGGCAGACGACGUUCAGAAAUUCAUCACCUCGUGUGAUACAUGUCAGCGGAUGAAGAGCAGCAAGCAGAAAAAGGCGGGACUACUGCAGCCUCUUCCUGUCCCAGAACUACCAUGGCAAGUGGUUAGCCUGGACUUCAUCACCGGGUUACCACCUACCUCCAGCGGUCAUGACGCCAUCCUUGUCGUCAUUGACAAGUUCUCCAAAAUGGGACACUUCAUCCCGACACACACGACGGCACGCACCGAGGAGACAGCACAGCUCUUCGUUCGUCACAUCAUCUCACAGCAUGGCAUCCCAACUACACUCAUCUCCGACCGAGACCCCAAGUUCACUAGCAAGUUCUGGAAGGAACUUAUGUCUCUGCUCGGCACCAAACUCGCCAUGUCAUCCGCAUACCAUCCACAGACAGACGGACAGACCGAGCGCCUCAACCAAAUUGUUGAGCAACUCCUCCGAGCAGCCUGCAAGGACGACAUCUCCAAAUGGGACUUGCACCUGCCCGUACUCGAGUUUGCUUACAACAAUGCUACACAUGCCGCUACUGGACAGACGCCGUUCUUCCUCUGCUACGGACGCCACCCACUCACACCACAAAAACCGACAGCAUCAGCUACAGUCCAACCCGCACAUGAUUUCAUUACAACCAUGCACCAGCUUUGGGAUCGGACCCACAAGCGCCUACUCGACAUUCAACAGCAACAGAAGCGCCAAGCCGAUCGCCAUCGCAACGACCACACCAUUUCCGUGGGAGACCAGGUUCUUCUUGACACCCGCAACCUGGACAUCAGCCAUCUCCCAUCUAAACUUCGACCUCGCUUCUGCGGGCCUUUUCUCGUUGAAGCACAAGUCACCCCUGUUACCUUCCGCUUACGCCUGCCAGCUACCUGGAAGAUUCACAACGCCUUCCACGUCCAACUUCUGAAGCCCUAUCGGGACCCGAACACAAUUUUCGUCGGACGCCAACCGCCGCCGCCACCGCCCGUCCUCGUCCAGAAUGAACCCGAGUACGAGGUCGAGUCCGUGCUCGCACACCGCCGUCGUCGGCAUGGCACCGUGGAGCUUCUCAUCCGUUGGAAGGGUUAUGAUCCUUCUGAGGACAGCUGGGUACCUGAGUCCGACAUGGGUAACGCCCGUCGUCCUCUGCAUGACUACCUUGUCAAGCAGGGUGUUACUUCUACCACCCAGCUUUGAGGGGGGGAAGUGUGAGAGUACGACCCCGUUACACCAC